GGCUGGGGGCCUGGACUCCUGGGUCUGAGGGCACAGAGGGAUGGGGUCUCCUAUGUGUCUGGGUUGAAUGGGGUUGGAAUCAAGGUCCUCAGGAGGGGAGGAGCUUGGAGCAGGGAGUCCUGGGUUUGGGAAAGAGAGUGGCUGAGGUUCAGAAUUACUGACCUCGUCCCCAUGCAGGGGACAAAAUCCGAACUUUGGACUCUGAAAGGCCGGGGACUGAGAUCCAGCAGCUGUCGUCCCAAAUUGAGGAGGGAGCUGGGAAGCCGAUGUCCUAAGACCGAGAGAGGGCAAGGCUGAGUCCAGCGUCCCUGGGUCUUGACAGCAGAGGCUGAGUUUCAGAGGCGCGAUUCUGAGUCCGUUUAGAAAUAGGGUAUGGCGUUCGGAGAGAGGUGGGGAGAGGACUGGGGCGUGGCCAGGAGUCCUGAGCCUCGCGAAGAAGCCAAAGGGGUGUUUCUUCUCCCUCUUCUGGUCCUUGGUAGUGCAUUCCUGAGCUCUGACCUCAGGCGACGGCUGGGGUCCCUGAGGGUGGCGAUGGACCCCUCCCGUCGGGGUCUCAGCGCGAACGCACCUUCCGCGGGAGACCUCAGGAGCUCUGCCCCGCCCUCCUCCUCCUGGGCCAGCCUCCACUUCCUCCUAACGGGUUCUGGAGGGGCGUGGGGGGAAGGAGGAGGUGGCCGACUCCGCCGUAACACCUCCCAGGUGGCGCAGUCCUGGCGGAGAGACCUGCCUUGCUGGAGGUGGUGGGUGUGGCUCCUUACGUCUGGACCGGAUUCCAAUACGCUGCGCAGUUUCCGGGCUCCAGCCUUUUCCAGGUGUCUGACCUCAUCCGCCUCCAGAGCCGGACCUUUCUCCAUCGGGGUCUUCAGCUAAGACCGCUGCCAUGCCGGUUACAGUAACCCGCACGACCAUCACGACCACCACCACAUCAUCCUCAGGCCUGGGCUCCUCAACCAUUGUGGGGUCCCCUCGGGCACUGACCCAGCCCCUGGGCCUCCUGCGCCUGCUGCAGCUGAUCUCCACCUGUGUGGCCUUCUCGCUGGUGGCCAGUGUGGGCGCCUGGACGGGACCCAUGGGUAACUGGUCCAUGUUCACCUGGUGCUUCUGCUUUGCCGUGACCCUCAUCAUCCUCAUCGUGGAGUUAGCUGGGCUCCAGGCCCGCUUCCCCCUCUCCUGGCGCAACUUCCCCAUCACCUUUGCCUGCUAUGCUGCCCUCUUCUGCCUCUCGUCUUCCAUCAUCUACCCCACCACCUACGUCCAGUUCUUACCUCACGGCCGCUCCCGGGACCACGCAAUCGCCGCCACCGCCUUCUCCUGCAUUGCCUGUGUGGCUUACGCCACCGAAGUGGCCUGGACCCGGGCCCGGCCCGGCGAGAUCACCGGCUACAUGGCCACGGUGCCAGGGCUGCUCAAGGUACUGGAGACCUUCGUGGCCUGCAUCAUCUUCGCCUUCAUCAGCAGCACCCAGCUGUACCAGCACAAGCCGGCCCUGGAGUGGUGCGUGGCCGUGUAUGCCAUCUGCUUCAUCCUGGCGGCCGUGGCCAUCCUGCUGAACCUGGGCGACUGCACCAACAUGCUGCCCAUCCCCUUCCCCAGCUUCCUGUCGGGGCUGGCCCUGCUCUCCGUCCUCCUCUACGCCACUGCUCUUGUCCUCUGGCCACUCUACCAGUUCGACGAGAAGUAUGGUGGCCAGCCCCAGCGGUCGAAGGAGCACAGCUGCAGCACCAGCCACCCCCACUAUGUGUGCGAUUGGGACCGCCGCCUGGCCGUGGCCAUCUUGACGGCCAUCAACCUGCUGGCCUAUGUGGCCGACCUGGUGUACUCGGCCCGCCUGGUUUUUGUCAGGGUCUGAGGCUCUGACCUGGGGCUCCUGAUACCCUGUUCUCUCCCAUGAUGCCCGGUUCCUGGCUCCAUGCUUUCUCACCCUGCUCAUUUCCUCGUCAGUUCAUCUCGCUCUCUUUUCUGUUUCCUUCCCUCCCUCUCUCCCUUCCAGGUUGCCAUCUCUUUUCCUUCCUGCUUUGUUUGGUUGCCCUCAUCCUGUUUUGCCUCCUGUUGGCCUCUUUUUUUGCUGUCUUCCUUUCUACCUGUCCUGCUUUUCGGCUCUUUUCCGGGCAUCCUGUUGGUUUUCUCAUGUGCGUGCUUCCUCACCACCUCUUCCCAUUUUCCUUCUGCCCGUUUUCCUCGGGAGCCCUGAGACUUCUUUCUUCUCUUGCCCCACCUCCAAAGGUGCUGAGCUCCACAUCCCACACACCCCUCUUCACAGCUGUUCAUACCCUGGGCCUCCCGAGGGGCCUCAUUGCCAAAGCAUGCCUGCCCGCCCUGGCUGUGCCUUAGUCGGUGUGUGUUUGUGUCUGUGUUUGAGGGGUGGGGGUGGGAAGCUAGGGUUUGGGCCCCAUUCUCCCGGUGGAGGGGGGUGCACACUGCACCUCCCCUUUAAGUUAAAAAAAAAAAAUCUCUCGAGGUCAAUCAUUUCCUCUAGUGGGUAGAGGCUUAAAGCACAGACCCUGGGUCCCUAGGCCUCGCCUGGUGCUCAGCCUCCCCUUGAGAUUGGCUCCAGAAUUUUUGUGACGCUUACUAAAAACCCACUGCCUAGAGGCCAUCUUAAAAGUAAAGGGUGGAUACCUUCCAUUCCAGCUACCCUCUAGGUAUCAAAAAGGAGCUGGCGAAGAAGAACUGCAUUGUCUUGAGACAAUGGUCUGAAGUAUUAGAGGGAGAGGCAGUCAUGUCGCCCUCCAGCCUCAGUGUUAAAAAUAGCAUGGCCUGCCUUGGCAGGGAGGAGAAGAAAAUGGCCACUGCCAGCCUUACAGGCAGUGUUAGCCUGGGUAUUUUUCUUUUCUUUUUCCUGGUCGCAAGGG